AUGGCGUCGGGGCACCUUGUGGGUGCUAGCCCGCUAGCGCAGGACGCUCGGCGCAGCUGCGAGGCGGCGCACGGCCGCACCGCACGGCCACCACCCGCGGCCUCGAGGCCGCGCCUGCUGAGACAUCCAAUGCCCGCCGUGCCCGCCGCUCUGUCAGGGGCAAACGCCGCGGGUCCGCGGCUGCGCUGCUCGGCGACUCAACGGGAGGGGGAUCCCAAUGGCACAUCUGAGGAACUGGGGCCUGGACAGCCAGCAGGACAGCCACAAGAAUCCUCAGAUGAGGAGGACAAUGAUCACGUUGCGACUUGA